AUGAGGCUGAGAAGCAGUUUGGCUGUCGCACAAAUGUGCCUUGGAGGCAUAUAUUUGCUCAAUGGGGUCCUCGCCGGCGACCACAAUUCAUGUUAUUCAAACAAUACCGUCGCUCGGAAAGAAUGGGGUUCACUCACCUUGUCUGAGAGGGUUUCCUACAUCGAUGCGGUUCUUUGCAUGCAAUCAUCACCGUCGCAUCUAAACAACACGCAAGUUCCCGGCGCCAAGACGCGUCUAGAUGACUUUGUCGCCACUCACAUCAACCAAACCCGGUCGAUUCACCUCGACGGCAUUUUUCUAUCGUGGCACCGCAACUUUGUGCACCUUUGGGAGACCGCUCUCCAUCAAGAAUGCGGCUAUCCAGCUCAUCUCGGUCAGCCUUAUUGGAACUGGGCGUUGUGGUGCGACGACCUCGCCGGCAGCCCUCUAUUCGACGGUGGACCAACGAGCCUCUCUGGCGAUGAAACGUAUGAGCCUGAUCAAGGAAACUACACUGUAGGUGGAGGCGGAACCCUGCCCCACGGAACCGGUGGAGGAUGUGUUACUUCAGGGCCUUUUGUCAACCAGACCAUCAACCUCGGGCCUUUCGCAUUUGAUUUGGUAUUUUCUGGCCUGCCGUCGAACUGGACUGGGUAUAAUCCCCACUGCCUCAGCCGUGAUCUGAACAACUACAUCGCUGCUCGUUACGGCAAUCAGACGGCGAUCGACGUUCUCCUGGCCACCACAACGAUUGCCGACUUCCAGGACACCAUGUCAGGAGCCGAUAUCAACCUUGGCGUGCAUGGAGGAGGUCACUUCAGUAUUGGGCUGGCUCUGCAGGACUUUUUCGCGAGCCCAGCAGAUCCAGCCUUCUUCCUUCAUCAUUCUAUGAUUGAUCGGUUGUGGGCCAUAUGGCAAGCCUCGGAUCCGGAGACAAGGCAGUAUGCCUUGAGUGGAACUAGCACGAUCUUCAACGGGAACGAGACUGGCGAGGUCACCCUGGAGACGACACAGAACUGGGGAAUCUUGGGUCGCGAGAAGACGACGGGUGAGCUGAUGAAGGUUGGGACGAAUAGGUUUUGCUAUGAGUACAUGUAG